AAAAGUCAAAUCUAUUUCACUCAAUAAAUUAUUCUUGUCAAAUAAUUUAAGACACAAUUUUGAAAUUAGCUGUAAAACAAUUUUCAGAACAUUUUUUAGAUGGUCAUGGUUUCUCCUUGUCUGUGUCAGUAAGUUCUGAAAAGAAGGGAAAUAUUACAUUAAUAACUACAAUGAAGCAUUUCUUUUACUGAAGUUAGAAAUGUCAGCUGUUAGAAUACAAAAUUAUGAAUGUUUUAGAGAAUUAAUAAAGCUGACUGAGCAUCAAGCUGCUUCCUCAGGGGCACAAACUCUUUUCUUUCACAUGUCAGUGAAAAAAAGGAAGAAAAAAAACCAAACUGUCUGCAGAUUUCUUUUUAAAAUCACUUUUCUUUUCCAGCUCAAAUCCGUUUGGGGUCUUUCUCUCUGAAUCAGGGCGCAGCCUCUCCCUCUGACUUUUUUAUGCCUCUUGCAAAUGACUUAAUGUGUGUUUUGGCAGAGGUGCACGCGCUCCAGCCUAGACUUCGGCACCUGCGCCCUUCAACUUUCUCUGCCCACGCUGAUUAGUUCCCUCGAGGAAAAAUAAACCCUGGCGCGGGGGUCUGAACGGAACAAGCCGGUGCGGCCCGUCAUAACUGGAUCUGGAAUUGUGGCAAAAAAAAACCAAAAAACAGGUGCAGCGCGACUUGUGGGGCAGUUAAGUGAGGGGAGGGCAGAACGCGCAGGAAUCUUCACGCAAACGCGUGAACCGAUUCCUCAGUAACUGUGGAGCACAUAUAUGUGUGUGUGUGUGUGUGUGUGUGUGUGUGUGCGUGUGUGUGUGCGUGUGUGUGUGUGUGUGAUCCAGAUCCAGGUCUGUCACACUGUCAAAAAGCAACCUGCAUCCUCCUCGCCCUCCCCGCCUCCCUCCUCCCCCCAUCGCUGCCCCAGCACGGCCGGCGGUGCGAGUCUGUAAUCCCCCGCGUCCAUGCUUUGCCCUGAGCCCGUAUUUAAUUCCUCUAAACCCCCAGCUGCCGCCCUGGCUGCUCGCUGAGCGGCAGACCGGGAAACGCUCCGGUUAUUAAUAAUUCAACUCCUCUGCUCUGCGCUCCUCCAUCCGCGGCCGCAGGACACCGGCGCGCCUGCAGCCACGCGGAGGUUCUUCUCUGUUCUGUCUUCCUACUUUUACGCGCUGUUCGUUUCAGCUGCUCGGUGCCUCUCACGCUCUUUUUUGCUUCUCGGAGGGGGGACAAAAACCGGCAGUCUCGCCGCGGCUUCGCCAACCGCUGCGCGCUGACUUUGUUUGGGAACUCUGGCGAACAGGUGGAGGAGAGCCGAGGAGCACUGCCACGUUUUCACGCACGCAUGAAGGCAAGGCGCGUGGCGGCGGCGGCGGCCCCCUCCUCCCCUCCUCGGCAGGAGCAACAGCUGAUUUGGUGGAGCGCGUAAGCAGCAGCAGACGGUGCGGGCAACUUACUGUCGGCGCACGGCCACAAUUGUCAGGCAGUCGGGCUCAGACCGCGGCGGGGGUCGGACGCUACGGUACCGGGACAGAUCGCUGCGCUUAGAGCCGAGCUCGGUGCCAGGCCACGCGCCGUUCUGGAAGGAUCCGAACCAGAAACGCGGAGAGACAAGAACUCAGGAGGCGAACUUGGAUUACUCUGGCUCUUCUUGGUCGAGGAAAACCGAUCACAAAUUCCAGCAAAAGCAUGUUUUCCCGCGCCGCAGGCCGUGAUAUAGGGCUGCUUUGCUCCCGGUGAGGCCCGGCUGAACAGGAAACCGAGCACGUUUCUCUCUCCCACACACACUUUUUUUUUUUUUGGAAGCCGAACUUUUGAGUGGAAAAUGGGUCUCUGAGAGUGUUGGCACAGAUCCUCACCCCACAAUGGCAAACGAAAGCUAUCUGAUGAACGAGGAGCCCUCCAGAGGUCCUGGGAUGCCUGAGUGCUUCGUGGUGUCAGAUUCUUACAGGUAUUACCCCACUCACCUUCUAAACAAUGCCUUAGUGGAUGAAUUUCACCCCUUCAUUGAGGCCCUCCUCCCCCAUGUGCGUGCCUUCUCCUACACCUGGUUCAACCUGCAGGCCCGCAAGCGCAAGUACUUCAAGAAGCACGAGAGGAGGAUGACGAAGGACGAGGAGCGCGCCGUGAAGGACGAGCUGCUGGGAGAGAAGCCAGAGAUCAAGCAGAAGUGGGCCUCGCGCCUGCUGGCCAAGCUCCGCAAGGACAUCCGGCCCGAGUUCCGCGAGGACUUUGUGCUCACCAUCACGGGCAAGAAGUCCCCCUGCUGCGUGCUGUCCAACCCCGACCAGAAGGGCAAGAUCCGCCGCAUCGACUGCCUCCGCCAGGCGGACAAGGUGUGGCGGCUGGACCUGGUGAUGGUCAUCCUGUUUAAGGGCAGCCCCUUGGAGAGCACGGACGGCGAGCGGCUGGUCAAGUCGCCCCAGUGCUCGAACCACGGCCUGUGCGUGCAGCCGCAUCACAUCGGGGUGACGGUCAAAGAGCUGGAUCUCUACCUUGCCUACUUCGUCCAUACGCCAGAACAAUCAGGACAAUCAGACAACUCAAACCAGCAAGGAGACACAGAUGUCAAACCCCCGGCAAAUGGCCACUUGAGUUUCCAGGACUGCUUUGUGACUUCAGGGGUGUGGAACGUGGCCGAGCUGGUGCGAGUGUCGCAGACUCCAGUUGCCACGGCAACCGGUCCCAAUUUCUCCCUGGCAGACCUGGACAGCCCCGGCUACUACAACAUCAACCAGGUGGCUCUGGGACGGCGCUCCAUCACCUCCACCCCUUCUACCAGGACUGAAAUGGAGCUUUAUGCAAGUCUCCCACGGAGCUCCACCAAGCGCAAGUCCAUUGAUGACAGUGAGAUGGAGAGCCCCGUGGAUGAUGUCUUUUACUCGGGCCGUUCCCCAGCGGCGGGCAGCAGCUCCCAGUCCAGUGGUUGGCCCAAUGAUGUGGAUGCAGUGCAGCACCAUUUGGCCAGUGUGCAGGAGAGGAAGAUUAAGCAUGAGAGCGAUGGAGUGCAGUUUCCUUACCAUGGACUCUCGUCGCCUGGUUCUCAUAAGAAGCCGGGGAAAUUCGAUUUCAGCGCCCUGUCCUCCCAGACGAGGCCCCCCCGCAUGGCGUUCACCCACCACCCACUGCCAAUGCUGGCGGGAGUUAGACCAGGGAGUCCACGUGCUUCAGCCUCGGCCUUGCACUUCCCCUCUCCCUCCAUCAUCCAGCAGUCCAGCCCCUACUUCACCCACCCCACCAUCCGCUACCACCACCAGGAUCCCCUGAAGGAAUUCGUGCAGUUCGUCUGUACUGACGGCUCGGGGCAGGCCGCCGGACAGCCAAACGGGAGCGGCCAGAGCAAAAUGCCAGGCUCCUUCUUGCUGCCUCCACCUCCCCCAGUGGCCCGCCCAGUGCCCCUCCCCAUGCCCGACUCUAAACCCAACAGCACGCCCCCUGACGGCGGACUCUCCUCGCCCGCAUCUCCGUCAUACUCCACGCCAGGCGCCACAGCUCCCAACAGGUUUGUCGGCAUCGGAACACGGGACAACAACUUUCUGAACAUCCCGCAGCAGACACAGUCUUGGUUCCUCUGACAAGAUCUGUGCUCCAACCAGCAAGUAGAAUGCUUUCGUUACAAUCAGAAAUGAAAAAAAGGAAAAAAUAACACAGAAACCACCCUACAGGAUGACACGAAACGUCCUCGAACGACCCGCCCCGACUGUCCGUCUCACCCGUCUCACACAACCAGGCAGCAAAUCCCAGCGGCACGGCUCUUUUGGUGGAGCCCGCUCGUCUGCGCGGUCAGGGGGAGGAGCCACGGUGAGGAGAAAGGCGCACAGAUGGAGAGAUGAGUGGAAGGACAGGGACGCCGGGGGAUAAGGGGAAAAAGUGGCAAAAGCGGGUCUUCUCCGGCCAGCAUAACCAGCGCGGCAGCGAGAGGAACAAGAGGAUGUCUGACAAACAGCCAAGGAAAUCAGCAACUCCAUCGAAAAACCCGUCAGUAUUGAAACCACAGCCAGAAAAACCCGAUUGGAACCCUCCAAGGCCCGUCAGAGAAAUUCCAAUUGGCCGACGUUUCCGUCGCUCCAGACUCCCGCCCUACUACUAAAGAGACCAUGCCAAAACAUAUCAAUGAUGAAAGGUUGCACUGCAAGCUGAAUCAGUUAACACUAAUCUUAUCGAUGUGCACUAUUUACCUACGUGGCAUGGCAGGUAAACGCGUGAAGGUAAAAGACGCCUUCGCUUUGUCCUCCACUUCGCUCGCAGUGAGCCGGCGCUCUGAGGAUCCUUCAGACGCUCCAAUCAGAUUUGAAGUUUGGCCGGAUUCCCAGACACGACGGUUUUGGGCCACUGAGUGGUACAGUUUGGGUCAGAGGGGGGCGCUGCGCCAUCACAAGUGUUUCCUGUGUUUUCAAAAGAAUCCAACAAUCUCUGUUUGGAAUUCUUUUUGUAUUCACCUCCAAAUUAACCAGUGGAGGAAAUCCCACCACAAGGGGGCAGAGCGGUACAUUUUUUGCCCACCGGAACUGGACUGUACCACUCAGUACAAACAUGCCCUUGAAAUGCUGAAACGUGUAUCACCUUUCCCCUCCUGUUACGUCCAUCAACACAGGCUGACGUGUUUUUUGGUUCUUUGUGUUUUCUCUUAUUUGAAUUUACUCCUGUACUAUUUUGUAAUUGUUUUGUAUUUGUAUGAUAGCACCUUAAAGAGAAGAAGCAGCAGCGUGUUUAGGGCGGCGCACAGCGGACCCGCUUGGUCAACCAGAUAUGGUAGAGCUCAAAAACCCUCUUUUGGUUUUUCCUUUUGCUUUGUUUCUAUGUUUUUUUUUGCCUAUGUUUGAUCAUUUUUGGUGUUUUUGGUGAGUCACAGCAACAUUUUAUGAGGACAAUGGGAAAGAAAUUCAGCCAUUUAUAGAACCCUAAAAAAAACAACAACCCAUUUUUAAACUACAUUUGCAGAGCUGUGAUUGGCUGCUGUGUUGCCUUCCUCAUUAUUGGACUUUCUGGUGUUUUGGCCACAUUCAUGUAUGUUAAUGCCGACAUCAUAAAAGCCCCCACCAGUUGAAGGUUUUAAAUUCCUUUUUGCAACUACAUCCUACAACUUUCCUCAUGAUGACAAGAUUUAAAAGACAAUCUAAAGUUUUUAAACCCAAAAUGUUGAAAUGUUUAAACUUAAAAGCUAAUUUUGAAUUGGAGUGUUGUCCUCUACCAACAGUGACUGAAAACUGACAGAAGCAGCUUCAGGAUAAAUGCCAUAUUUCUUAUUUUGAUAGGUUUCUUUCUUUCUUUUUUUUGUCCUAAGCCAAUUUUCAAGGAACUUUCAAAAUUAAGUUUGUAUUUAAUGCCUGAAACUCACAGGUUAGACAUUUUUCAGCCUUGCAUACAGAAAUUCCUUCAGAUUAUUUCAAACUUUUGAUUAGUCCAAUUUUACUUCUCCACAGGUAUGUUACAGGCCUUAUAAUAAGCUAAUUUACUUUGUAAAGAGCUGGAGGGUGUCCCCUUUGGGCCCCCUCAUGGCCCCCCCUGAGGAAUUUCUCAUCAGUAAAACUUCAUUUGACAGUAUUUCCUGGGGAAAUGACGUUUCGGUUCAUAUUUCCCACACAUUCCCGCCUCUGUUAUGCAAUCAGUAUCCCAACUCUACAGAAGCUCAUUGAAGUACGUCGGUUAUUGACACGAGGAUCAUUGAGAAUGACAGCUGUUGAGGUUUUAGAGCCAGCAUCUAGUGGUCAUGAGUGGUACAGCACUUUAAGAUCCUUUGUUUCAGAGUUUGAUGCGUUUGAGACCGCUUCAGAUUGACGGUCAAAACCCAACAAACGGCUUCUCGGCUGACAUUUCUCCCCACACGGUUCCAUUCUCAUCGGUCCCAGUACGACCUGUCAAUCAGGAAAAAAACUAAAACCCGGAUUUUGGUUUUUGACAAUCAGAGGAAUCGGGCCCGCUAAGACAGAGAACUCGCUUGUGGCGUCAGGCCGGCGUUGUGGGGAGUGGCAGCUGGUUCUGGAGGGAAGGUAGCUAAAGAUGGGACUCUCCCGUCGGUUUACCGUUUUGUUUACACUCCCGGACGAGCCCCCGCUCCAAGAGCAGACGCGGCCGCGCCGUGGAGCAAAAUGAAUAUGUGACAUAUCUGGCUGGUUUUGGAGAGAAGAGGAGGAGGAGGGCCCCUGGGGGCCCGCCGUGCAACGAUUACAGAGACAGACUGCCCCCCCCCACCCCACCCCAAAAACAUGCACCAGCACUCCCCCCUGGCUAUUGUGAAUAGAAUAGUCCUUCUAGAUCAAACGACUGCACUAAUACAAUCAUGCCAGCCAACCUUACUUUUGUAGGCGUGACAGCAGAUUGACGACACGUCACGCUUCCGACCAGCGGGUGGAAAGAGCACAGAUCAGUAUUUACCACCCCCCACCCCCCCAGCCCUUCAUAGGUUCAUCCAACAGACAAUCUGAGGAGGCCUUUCAGUCGCCUUAUUUCCAGUCCCAGUCAGCCCCAUCCCAGCUCACAAAAUAACUGGACUGCCAGGCCCGGUUCUGCGCUGCAGGGAACGCCGCGGGCCGCCAGACCGCUGACCUUCAUCAGCUUCGUAGAGAGAGCUAGCUCCGCUCUUAAGGUGGAGCUAGCUCCGCUCUUAAGGUGGAGCUAGCUCCGCUCUUAAGGUGGAGCUAGCUCCGCUCUUAAGGUGGAGCUAGCUCCGCUCUUAAGGUGGAGCUAGCUCCGCUCUUAAGGUGGAGCUAGCUCCGCUCUUAAGGUGGUUUCUCCUCUGAUCUAUGGAAGUGCCUCUGGAUUCCCAUUAUGCAAUUUGUCAAACAUCAGGUUCUUUUUCUCACAUAUAUAAGCUAUAGUGGAAAAAAAAAAUGUCAGGAGGGGGGAAAUACUGACAGCUCACUAGAUAAUCACAAGCAUCUUUAUAUACAAUACACAUAUAUAUUUAUAGAUAUGUACUUUUUUUUUUCUUUUUUGCAAAAAUAAGCUCUGUGGCAGUCUAGUUAUUUUUGGAAGCGUGACUCACCGCACAGUCAUAGGAUGCGCCUCCAGCCGAAGCCCCCGCCAACCCAACAGGAAGUCCAUCGCUUAGCAUUAGAGACCAGGAAAAGAAAAAAACGAGUAGCUGAAGGGUUGAAAGCAGAAUAGUCUGUGUUGUUUUCAUUACUGUUGUGAUGGGAAGUUUUGUCCUUAAACUACAUGAUGUAUGUUGAUUGAGCCAUGUGCAAUGCCUUGGUAGAGGAAUUGUGUUUGUUAGAUUUGAGGGCGCCAAGAGGGAAGACCCUCGCCACCUUUUCUUUGUGGGUUUGUGUGUUUUGAAGUCCGCGCGCUCCGGGACUCUAAAAAACGAGCAGCGACAAACAAAA